AUGGUCAUUCUGUUUCUUGAAGUGUUCUUGGUAAUGGACAUCUUCACAUCGUUGCUCCUACAGGACACCUACCGGACCGUUUUGAAUGGUUUCCAGUUCCUGACCCUUACGAUUGUUGCCGCGCGCAUGCACAUCCAUCUCGGGCAGACAAACCAACAUCUACGCGGGUCUAGCGGCCUGAUUCAUGUUCCAUUGUCCGACCUGUCAUUUGAAAAUACCACGGCGUGA